CUCCAACACACUGUGAGAUACAUGAGGGGGGAGGAUUUAUAUAGAAAUAUAAGGGAGAGAGAGAGAAAAGGUUGUUUUCAGCAGACUGAGGCAGAGCGGCGGGGUGAGGAUGCACAAUAGAGCAUCUCAGUGUUUAAUUGCGGAUUAGAGGAGGAGGAGAGAGAACAAGGAGGAGACGCUCUUUAUUAUUAGGGGAGAAGCAGAGGAAGAGGGGGGGAGUGAGGAGACGAAGAAGGAACAGACCGUGGAGGGGGGGAACGGGAGCGAGGAGGACACCGACACCGACGGUCGGCUCGCCGGCGUCGCUCGGAUGCUGUUGUCGACCCGCACGCGCCGACGAUGCGGCCCCACUGCUGGGUGAUGGUGGCGGGGAUCCUUUCACUCCUCAGCCCGGAGAGAGCCCUCGGAGCGCCGCAGAGGGAAGUUUCUCAGACCAGGGCAGAGUCCCUCUCUCCUCCACCAUAUGUCAUCAUCCUCAUCUCCUGCUCGGGGCUCGUCUCUUUCGUUCUGCUGCUCCUCACCUGUCUUUGCUGUAAGAGAGGAGGCGUGGGGUUCAAUGUAAGUCUUCAAGAUGAGUUUGACAAUACAGAUGGAGAGGAAUGCUCUGGAGGCUCCAGUCCCAUUCAGGAGGACAGCCUGUCAUCAUGUCCCUCCCUCCCUGAAGUCUACACCUUGCCAGUCAGAGAUCGCCCAAACUGUCAUGCCCUGCAGAAUGGAGCAGACUCCAAAUCUCAGUGUUUUAAAAGACACGCUUUAAAUUACCUCCAGGAGAUCGGAAAUGGAUGGUUUGGAAAGGUGAUCCUGGCUGAAGUGCUGUGUGACUGCGGCUCUUCCCAGGCUGUGGUGAAGGAGCUGCGUGUGAGCGCCAGCCCCCUGGAACAGAGGAAGUUCCUGGCUGAGUCAGAGCCGUACAGGAGCCUGAAGCAUCCCAACAUCCUCCAAUGUUUAGGGCAGUGCAGUGAGAGCAUCCCCUUUCUCCUGGUUAUGGAGUUUUGUCAGCUGGGUGACCUGAAGCGCUACCUGCGUGCCCAGAGGAAGGCAGAUGGAAUGACUCCAGACCUGCCAACCAGGGACCUGUUGACUCUUCAGAGGAUGGCCUUUGAGAUCACAUCAGGUCUGCUGCAUCUUCACGAAAACAACUACAUCCACAGUGACCUGGCUUUAAGAAACUGCCUUCUGACCUCAGACCUCACUGUCAGAAUAGGUGACUACGGUCUCUCGCACAACCACUACAAGGAGGAUUAUUACCUGACUCCAGACAAGCUGUGGAUCCCUCUGCGGUGGAUUGCUCCUGAGCUGCUGGAAGAAUACAGAGGAUCUCUGAUUGUUACAGACCAAACCAAAACCAGCAAUGUGUGGUCUUUGGGGGUAGUGAUCUGGGAGCUUUUUGAGUUUGGUGCGCAGCCCCACAGACACCUGAGUGAUGAAGAGGUGCUGACCUUUGUCAUUAGAGAGCGACAGAUCACUCUGGCCCAGCCUAGACUUAAACUUACACAUGCAGAUUACUGGUAUGAGAUCAUGCAGUCCUGCUGGCUCCCUCCAUCACAGCGGCCCUCUGUAGCCGAAAUAUUCCUCCUCCUCUCCUCUCUCCUGGCUGCAGAGCGGGGAAUGUCAAAGAGAAGCGUGGGGGAAGAGGACGAAGAGGACGAGGAGUAUGAAGAGGGCAGAGGAAGAAGAGGAGAGAGCGAUGAGUCGUUUGAAAGACGCUGGGAUCUACUUCGCCCACCUGCAUUUCAGUGUGCACUAAACGAGCGACACAGAGACAGAGAAUACAGCAGGGACAGUAGAGAUAACUCCUACCCUCUGCUGGACCCUGUUGGAAACUGCAUCACCCCAUCCUCCUCUGAACUGGAUGACAUCCUCACAGUUACAGAAACUAGCAAAGGCUUGAACUUUGAAUAUUUCUGGGAGAAAGCUCAUGCCAGACGAGGUUAUAAGCCUCUCCCUUCCCCUCAGCCAAUUCCAACUGUGAAUAACAACCACAGACAGUCUUUAGACACCCCCACUGUGGUGCCUGUCAUAAGUGCCCGCAGUCCCUCACUCGCAAGUGAGUACUACAUUAGACUAGAGGAGCAUACUCCUCAAGACAAAUCACCAACGCUUAAAGGAAAAUCACAAUCCUCCUCAGUUUGUCCUGGUGAUGUGGAGCUUGUGGAAAUCCGUAGUGGAAUGUUGGGAAAAGAACGAGUCCCCUAUAAUGCAUCAGAUAAAAGCGGUAAGACCCUCCAAACCAUCCGAUCAAGCGAGGUGAAGAUCCAGGUACCAAACACUGGGGUGGCCGAGUUUAGAGACACUUCAAGCAGAGUAACAGACUUCUCAGUGGUUGAUCUGGGUGAUGAAGAUGAUGAUGAUGUGGAGAGAAAAAAGAGCAGGGAAGAAGAUAAAAAUUCUCCCACAUCAUUCCAGGCUCCAAUGCUCCCUCCCAAACCCCGGUCCAUGUCCAUGUCUUCGUCCAAUCCCCUUCACUCCCGCCCCCUCCCAGUGCCUCCACUCGGGUACAGAGGACUUCCUCACUACACCAUUGGUGGAAAGAUCGAGACAGAUCCCCUCCACAUGAGCUCCUGCCCCCCGUCUACCUUUGAUCACCUCAGCCUCCAUCGGUCCAGACAGACUCUGCCUCCCUCCCCGUCUCUCUCUCCCUCCAUUCCCCCAUCCAGCCAUCCAAUUUAUCCACAGAUGUGUCCUCCACCUUUACCCCCACACUCCAAACCUCAACGCAGCAUCCCGAGCUACAACACGGCCGACAGAUACUUAAGAUACACAAAGACGCAAAUGCAAAGAUCCAACAGAGACCCGCUAUCCUGUGACAUAUCCAGUAGAGAAGCUGACAGAAGACAUGCAGCAUCAAUCCACAAAUCUAAAGAGAAUUCUCAACCCCGUGUAAAAGACUUUGACUCCCCAAUUCGUAGGGAAAAUCCUCUACGGCCCAUCUAUCGAAACCUACCCCGCCCUCAGCCUGUAAACUCCCCGAUUGAGAGGCAGUCCUCGUCUAGUCCCACUUAUUCAGAUGAGGACGACUGUCCUUUUGGCUCCCCCGAGAGACCCAGUAGCCAGACUACUGUUGCGCACUCCAGCCUGUCAGAAGAUGCAGACCCAGCCACUACUGAGCUCUUCUCUAGGGGAAUGAAGAGGACCCAGUCACGACUGGACACUAUUUUGCCCACCAUUUGGAGAGAAGAUGCUGAACUUCAGGCAGAACUGGUUGCUGCUGCCAAGAAGUCUCCCAUGCACCUGUUUCUAACUGAGAUAGCAAGUGUGACAGAGUCUAGUGAGGCCAAGUCAGAGGGCUUGUGCGAUGAGAAGGAGGAGAGUAAAGACAAAGAGAGAUGGGGGAACUUUGUGCUACACAACAAAGGAAUGCGCCGCUCCCAAUCACUGAUUACAGAGAUAGGCUCAGCGGGACAGUCAAUUGGACAGGAUAAAUACUUCCAAAGGACAGGAGUUGAGGAGGACAAGGCAUCAUUCCAAGGAGAUCUCUUUCUCACAGAGGUUGACACAGACAGGAUGGAGACGGAUAUGGAUGCAGAAGGUGAUCCAGUUAAAUACCUCUAUCCUGCAGGGUCCAGGUUGCGCCCCUAUGUUUGCACGUCUGACCUCCCUUUGAACAGAGAAGCUGAAGGAGUCAGCACAAAAGGUAUACGAAGGUCCCGAUCCCUUUUGUCCGAGAGGGAGAAGCAAGAAUCUGAAAUAGAUUUAGUGGAGGGUGAGCCACAAAGAACAGAAAUGACCAGGGAGGAGUUCCUACGAGAGAUCCAAUCAGCUGAGACCUUUUUGACCGAAAUCAUAUCAAGGCAAAAUACUACACCAAACAAAGAGGAAUCAGAUCUAUCUACCUCCCCUACUCCACUUUCACCCGAAUAUGAGUCCAUUUGCAUUGACCCAAACUCCACUCAGACCAUCACAUUCCAGUCAGAAAGCUCCAUACGAGCAUCCAGUAAGGGUAAAGAAGAGACACAGACUGAGGCCAUCUAUGCGCAAGUGACAAAGCGUGCAAAGAAGAGCGAGAUCAAAGUCUCCAUUAGACCAGAAAUCCCCAUUCUCCACAUAGGAUCAAACAAACAACCGCUUAAACCAUGCAGCCAAGAAAAUCAUGCCGAUCACUGCCAAACUGGAGAGUUUGUGCUCUCUGAAAUAAUGCCAAAAAAUGGUUUAUUGCACAGCGAAACUGAUGAAUGUCAAAAAGAAGAGGACUGUUCAGAUGGACCUGCCCUACCUGCCCGAGGGGAACUAACAGAUCCUUCAGAGUUCUCUCCUUCUGAAUCCACUGAUUCCAACACUGUGAUACCAUCGGAGAUCAGGUCUGUCUUGAAAAACCAAACAGAGACUCCUACUGUUGUAGAGAAUGGUGAAAUUAUGAAAGAUAAACUACAGGACUGCAUAUUUAAGAUAAAUGGUCAAACAGAGGUGAAAUCUGACACUGUGCCACUUGAUAUUGUAGCUAAUCUGGAGAAAAAUGAAGAAAAUGCAUUUCAGAAUAAGUAUAUUGAUCAAGAAUGGCAUAAUAUGCAAAAUGAACCUAGUUGUGAAGUCCCUCUGAACACUCCAGAUCAAGACCUGUCCUCGGAUAUGUCCCUCAUCACUCCCACUGACUCUGUCUUGUCACCCUUGACCUCUGGCUCAGUGGAUGGCCUCACGCCCAGUGAUUCCUGGACUGGAGCUGGAGGCGGUGGUGGUUGGCGGGCCCUGGGAAAUGAGACUCCACAUCGAGACUCUGCCUAUUUCUCUGACAAUGACUUAGAGGGUGAUGGGAUCAACAGGAGGAGCAGUGACGGGCAAGGGUCCAGGCAGAGCGGCGGCCGAGGGGGCGAGCGAGGAAUACUCACAGGGAUAGAGGAGAAAACUGAAGAGGAGGUAGAGGCUGGAGAAAAGAGCCCCUUACAAAGUGCUUUACAUGGACCAUGGACCAAAGCAGGAUUUGAAACAGAAAAGACUAUUGAGAAUUGUGAAAAUGAUUUUAACUAUUUAGAAAGCAACAAAGACAUACUAAAUAAAGGGCUUGAGGCUGUGCAUAGAGACGAUUCAGGAAUUUUUCACAAUCAUGAGAGCAAAGGAUCCACGUUGCUGCAAGAUGAUCCUCAAGUUAAGGACUGUGUUGACUUAAUUGAUAAGCUGUUUUUCAAGUUGGAGGAAGAACCUCUAAAGAGCCUUUCUCACAGUGGUAAGAAUGCGAUAGACAGUCACUACACAGAUGGGAUCAUUUCCAAGAUAACAGAUUACAAAUGCAUUGAGUCUGAAAAGAGCAACCUGAAUUUGCACUUUGAGAGUCCCAGUGGGUGCUUUCUCGCCUCUGUCUCUAGCAAUGUUGGGCCAGAUGUAGGAGAACUCACUGCAAUGAGAUCUGGCAAUGCAACAGUGGAAUGUGAGUCUAUGUUUUCCAAACAGAGCAAAUUUCAUACCAAUAAUGAUUUGCAUAGCGAUGGAGAAGUCACUCUGAGUGUCCUGCGCACCAGACACGGUGACGAAGAGAUGGCUGGUCUGGACCACAAUGAGUUGGGAAUGAAAGACAUUCAAUGCUUAGAGAGGAGAGUAGAUACCGAGGUCAGAAGGGAGCGUGAUACACAUCGAGCCUCUGCAGACUAUCACGAAGGGCCAGAGUUGAUGACUGAAGACUGGUGGAGUGCCUUGGAGGAGGAUGAAGAAGCACCACCAUCUGGAGUUGUUUCUGGAGAGCUUGACUGCCACCGCUUGGAGCAAUCAGGGGAACAAAAUAAUCAGUGGGCCUCUCCAGAAAAAAAGCAACAAGAAGUAGAACUAAAGUCAGAAACUUUUUCUGAGUUAAACAAAAGGAACUGGGGAUUGCUGGAGAUGCAAGAAGAACUUGAAGAAAACAAUGAACUUGCAGGAAGGGAGCCACACCCUUCUUCAGUAGAGUGGAGAAAUGAAGUCAGGAUCAAUGAAACACAAGAACUGAGUUGCAGUCUUGCUCUAUGUGGAAUAGAAGGGGACUGUGAAAAAUCAGUUAAUAAGCAGUCUGCAGCGGAUAUCCAGCAAGAAGAAAAUAUUGAGAAUCUGGAAGAAAUCGAUACUUUUCAAUUUGACAAAAUGAAAAAAAUCAGUGAUAUUGAAGUAGAGAAUUUGGAAGCUCCAGGGGAAGAAAGGGUUAUAGAAAGGCUGGUUCAGGAUAGAGGAUGUUCAACAGACAGGGAGGAGAAUCAAAACUUUAACAGUCUGACACAGAGUCAGCUCUACAGAGAUGGUCAGGCACUAACAGGACACAUCAAUUCGGAAAACCUCUUCAGCUAUACUUUCCAGAAUAAUGGCUUAAGUACAUCCACCAGCAUCACCGAACCACCUCAAGGUAACUCCUCCCACCUGGAAAAUGGUGAAUCAAGCUUCCAACAGGAAGCUGAUCCAAAGCCAAAUCUCACUGCAAUGCCCAUGGAGGACGGUCCUCAAGAAGAUAAUGAGGAUGACAGAGAAGUUGCCCUUCAGUCCAGUCCCAGUACCUUUGAUGUACAGGGAGGGAGGAACCCUUCAUAUCAAGAGGUAGACAACUUUAGCUCUGUUGAUUUCCCGAGCCCCCCGCAGAGCAUAGACCUUGAUCUGCAAGAUUAUAAACUGGAAAGUUUAGACGACUCUUUUCCUAGUCCGCCAUCAUCUGUUAUAGAGGCAGAGGAAUUUAUUACUCACAUAAAUCUGGAAGACUUCAAUGCUGAACCAGAGACAGAGUCAUUUAUUUCCCCAGCGAUCAACACAGAUAUCUUGCAGCCAUCUUUGCAAGAACUACCACCAGCUACAACGCAGAAUAAAGGGAUCUCUGCCAACCUGAACCCCCCAUCUGUACACAUAACCCUGACUGAUGACAAUAACUUUACUUCAGAUAUUGAAGAUGUGUGUCACAAUUUUAUCCAGAAAACCUCACCUGCUGUUCCUUCUACCCAACAAGAUCUCCUGAAUAACAUCCCAGCAUUGUUGAUAUCCGAGUGGAAAGAUCUGGAUGAGGAACCGCUAGAGGAUUUUGAAAAGCUGGAGCAACUUUGUUGCAUCUCAGAGGAUGAGGAGAAUACACUGGGGGAACUGUUCUUGGGGAACGUGGAGCUUCUGGAGUCUUGGAAGAAAACAUCUGAUAAAAAGUGCAACGAUACAGAAGCGGAUGAUGACAUCCUUUUCCCUGAGGGUGACAGGGUCGAUUUAAAGAAAGUUGACGCCUUAGAUAACAGCAAUAAGCUGGUUGAACCCAAGCAAAACAUCUUUUCUCAACCAGUAGAGAAGAUUGAUGAGCAGAAAUCAUCAUCAUCAUCUGAUGUCAAAGAUCAGGGAUCUUUAUCAAAGAUGACAACUAGAAAUGGCCUCAUGAUGCAGGUGUGUGAAGAGAGGCUGCAGUUCUCCCUCAGUGAAAAUGUGAAAACAAAAAUGCUUUGGGGUUCAGCUGUGAAAGAGACAGUGACACUUCGGCCCUGGGGGGAACAAGUCGAGGAAAGCUGCAGUGGACCAGAGGAGUACCAAAGUCAGGAUGAGAGCCAAGAGGAGGAGGAGGAGGAGGCUGCCUACAGCCAACAGCCACAAACUGAGUCUGAUAAAACUGAACCAGAGCCACUCACUGUGAUUGAACAACCUGAGAUCAUCGCAUCUCAACCUGCCGCAAACCAGGCAAUGAAAGCAAAACUAGCUCGUCUGUCUCUUGCCCUCCCUCCCCUCGCCCUGAAUCUCCCCCUCACUCCGAGUGGGAAAGGGGGAUUUGGAGACGGCUCCAUCGGAAAUCGCAUCGGCAGACGAAGGGGCCUGUCGUCAGGAAUCGACCCUGACGAUGAAGAGGAGGAUGAGCAGGAGGACGAGAACUCCCGCAGGGUGAUUGUUGUCACGGAGACGGAUGUGGACAAACGGAUUGGGCUGAGGAGUCUGCUAAAAUCACCCAAGGAGUCUUUGGACAGGGAGCGGGACAGAGGAAGGAACGUGUCCUUCUUUGAUGAUGUCACAAUCUAUCUGUUUGAUCAGGAAACUCCAACCAAUGAGCUGAGCAAUUCAGCUCCUACUAGUCCAGGUCCAGUCUCUGUCAAAAGCAGCAAAUUGGACUUUCAUGGACCAAACAAAAGCAAGGAAUCAAAAAGAAAAGAGGAUCUAUCAAUCAAACCACGGUCGCCCGUCGGAAGUGGCUCAAAGACUUCAUCCCGCUUUACUGUCAGCCCCGCCGACGACCCCCACUUAGUGUGACGUGGAAAAAAAACAUCUUCAAGUAAACCUUUGAAGCCGAAUCCCCUUGAAGUGGGGAGUGAAUUUACCCAACAACCAGCCAUUCACCCAGAAGAUAUUUUUUUACUGAAUUCGGAACAGACUCUGAUUUUACCAGCUGGACACAUUCCAGGUUUUGUCAGCGACUGGAUUUUGUAUGAAAGGAGGGUUGCUGAGCUCCUGUCUGUCACUGUUUACAGAGUUUAUCCUUAGCCUUUGGCUACAGAUGUUUUUGGAAAAGGAUAAAUAUGUCGGGAGAAGAAAAAAAAAAAGCAAAACAAAAGGAACCUGGAGCUUGAAAAAUGUGAAAUAAAUCUGACAGCUAUGCAGUGGGAAUCUUGUUGUGUACCAGCUUACCUUCUCUUUUUCUGCUUUAUUCUGUUGUAUAGUUCCCUAGCCGUUAGGUGGGGGGGAUGCACUUUCUUCAGUCACUCAUCUGUCCAUGUAAAUGCUUGGAUUCUAAACCAGUCUCUAUUAAAGAGGUUUUCCGUCCUUCAGCAGCUGUUCCAGUAGGCAGCAGCUUGAAAUGGACUCCUGUAUUUAAAGAUACUUCUCAGCAUUUGUACAAAUACCAUAAUACAAGUGUAUACAAUAUUGUUUUAGGGCUUUUACUUUUAGAUGUAAACUUUGGACUGCACGGAAACUAAUUUUAUUUAUUUAUUUAUUAUUUAUUUAUUUAUUUAUUCACUCUUUUUAGUUAAUGGUCAAACUUCUGAUUAUUUUUAGAUGGAAUGCAUCUAAGUUAUAGGUUCUCUAAGGUCUUAACAAAUGAGUAAAAAAAUAUUUUCCCAAACGUCUUAAUUGCUAAGAAGAAAUAAAAAAAAUGAGUAUUUUGUAUAAUUUUACUUGUCAAUAUAUGCCAAUCUGUACUGUAUGGAUCUAAGUUCUGUUUCGGUUUUUCCUUUUUUCUUUUUUCUAUUUUUUUUUUGCCAAGUCAAAGAUUUUUAGCAGUCUUGUCAUUAUGAUUAUUUUAUAAUAGUUUAAUAACAGUUAAUGUAGCUUAGUCCCAGAAAUCAAAGCUUCUCUUAAGUAAGUAGCUCCAUUUGUUUGUGCAUCUGUUAAUUUAUCCCAUUUUCUACUAACUGCAGUCGAUCAUGCGGCACAGGUCCUGCUAGUCUGUUUGUUCGGUCUGUUUAAAUGUUGGUUUAAACUUGUGUUGUUUAAAAUGCUUUUCAGACGGGAUGAUGUAUAAAUAAGGGGGGAAAU